ACAGGAAGGGGGGGAGCCUGCUCCGGGAGGAGCGGGGGAAGGAGUUUAGCGGCGGCGACUCCCUCGCUCGUCCUCACUGCCGGCAGUCCCAGCUCCAGGCACCAUGUUCCCCGCGGUGUCCCCCAGCCACACCUUCCCCCGGCUCCCCCUGCUGCAGUUGCUGCUGCUGCUGGUGCAGGCCGUGGGGAGGGGGCUGGGCCGUGCUAGCCCGGCCGGGGGCCCUCUGGAAGAUGUAGUCAUCGAGAGGUACCACAUUCCCAGGACCUGUCCCCGGGAAGUGCAGAUGGGGGAUUUUGUGCGCUACCACUACAACGGCACUUUCGAGGAUGGCAAGAAGUUUGACUCGAGCUAUGACCGAAGCACCUUGGUGGCCAUCGUGGUGGGCGUGGGGCGCCUCAUCACCGGCAUGGACCGGGGCCUCAUGGGCAUGUGUGUCAACGAGCGACGACGUCUCAUUGUGCCCCCCCACCUGGGCUAUGGCAGCAUUGGUGUGGCGGGGCUCAUUCCCCCUGAUGCCACCCUCUACUUCGAUGUGGUCCUGCUGGAUGUGUGGAACAAGGCAGACACUGUGCAGGUGAGCACCUUGCUGCACCCAGCCCACUGCCCCCGCACUGUCCAGGACAGCGACUUUGUCCGCUACCACUACAAUGGCACCCUGCUGGACGGCACCGCCUUUGACACCAGCUACAGUAGGGACGGCACUUAUGACACCUACGUUGGCUCUGGCUGGCUGAUCAAGGGCAUGGAUCAGGGGCUGCUGGGCAUGUGUCCUGGAGAGAGAAGGAAGAUCAUCAUCCCUCCAUUCCUGGCCUAUGGCGAGAAAGGCUAUGGGACUGUGAUCCCCCCGCAGGCCUCCCUGGUCUUCCACGUGCUCUUGAUUGACGUCCACAACCCUAAGGACACUGUCCAGCUGGAGACGCUGGAGCUACCUCCUGGCUGCGUCCGGAGAGCGGUAGCUGGAGACUUCAUGCGUUACCACUACAACGGGUCCCUGAUGGACGGCACCCCCUUUGAUUCCAGCUACUCCCGCAACCACACCUACAACACCUAUGUGGGGCAGGGUUACAUCAUCCCCGGGAUGGACCAGGGGCUGCAGGGCGCCUGCAUAGGGGAGCGCCGGAGGAUCACCAUCCCCCCCCACCUGGCUUACGGGGAGAACGGAACUGGAGACAAGAUCCCUGGCUCUGCUGUGCUGAUCUUCGAUGUCCACAUCAUUGACUUCCACAACCCUGCGGAUCCUGUAGAAAUCAAGAUUCUGUCCCCGCCCCCGGAGACCUGCAAUGAGACGGCCAAGCCUGGGGACUUUGUUCGCUACCACUACAACUGCUCCCUUCUGGAUGGCACCAAGCUCUUCUCCUCCCACGACUACGGUGACCCCCAGGAGGCUACUCUGGGGGCCAACAAGGUGAUUGAGGGCCUGGACACGGGCCUGCAGGGCAUGUGUGUGGGAGAGAGGCGGCAGCUCGUGGUGCCCCCGCACCUGGCACAUGGAGAGAGCGGAGCCCGGGGUGUCCCCGGCAGUGCGGUGCUGCUGUUCGAGGUGGAGCUGGUGUCCCGGGAGGAGGGGCUGCCCACAGGCUACCUGUUUGUGUGGCACGAGGACCCUCCUGUCAACCUGUUCGAAGGCCUGGACCUCAAUAAGGAUGGCGAGGUCCCCCCAGAGGAGUUCUCCACCUUCAUCAAGGCUCAAGUCAGUGAGGGCAAAGGACGUCUCAUGCCUGGGCAGGACCCGGAGAAAACCAUAGCAGACAUGUUCCAGAACCAGGACCGCAACCAGGAUGGCAAGAUCACUGUGGAGGAGCUCAAACUGAAGUCAGACGAAGACCAAGAGCGGGUCCACGAGGAGCUCUGAAGGGCGGGGGCCUGGGCCCGGGCCCAGAUGCAAAGGCCCACUUCUGGGAGUUCAGUGGGCAGUGGGGCUGACCUCGUAAGAGUCCCCCUCCCCUGUGCUGGCAUGAUGUCUAGAAACAUCUAAAACGUGGUCAGAGGAGACAACUCUGGUCUUCCCACCAGUCCCAGAGUAAAACCCACAGCACAGACCUCUACUCAGUUUUUCUCUUCUGACCCCAAACCCCUCCCUCACAAGUUUUGGAGUCACAAAGCCAAGCUGGCCAUUGGCCGAGCCUGAGGGUUGAACAGGGCCAUUACUGGCGUGUCACCCAUACCUCCCCUCCACGUCACCGGACAUUGAACAAGGCUGAGCUUGUCAUUCUUUCAUUUCCCCCAAAUUUCCCUUUUUUCCAUACUUUUCCUUGCCACCCCCAGCCACCCCCCUCCGGCCCCUAUUCCUGUGUCAUGGCAGCUCCGCAGGAACAUGAACCAGGACUGA